AAAAAACCCAUGCCUCUUCGGCUACCCUGGCGUGGACGCCUGCGGCCCGGCGCAUACAGAGCUCCAGCAGCAGUGUGCUCGCGGAGGCGGGGCAGGCGCGCCGGAAUGGGGGUCACCGUGGACGUGCACGAGGUGUUCAAGUACCCCUUCGAGCAGGUGGUCGCCAGCUUCCUCCGAAAGUAUCCAAACCCCAUGGAUAAAAAUGUCAUCUCUGUAAAAAUUGUGGAGGAAAAAAAAGAUGUGUCCACAGGGAUCAUCUAUAGAAAGAGGAUUGCAGUCUGUCAAAAUGUGGUUCCAGAAAUUUUAAGGAAGGUGAAUAUUUUAAAGAUACCUAAUGUCCAGUUAGAAGAGGAAUCAUGGUUCAAUCCUCAGGAAAGGAACAUGAGGCAGUGA